GUGAGAAAUGUAUUGAGAGUGAAGGACGCUGGUUCAUUCCACCUGCCUUUGAGAACUUUGGAGGAAAAGGCACGGCUAAAAAAUGGAAAGCUACCAUAUCACAUAAAGGGAAAUCUCUACAGUUUUGGUUUAAGAAAGGUUUGCUGUCCACAAAGGGUUACAAAGGGUGGGGAGCCAAACCAAGGAAGAAGAAAAUCCCGCCAUCUAGUUCUGAGUUAGAAAGUGAAAAAACAUCAAGCAGUGUUCAACAACAAAAUACAUCUUCAGGAGGUGAAGUCCCCACAGAAGAAUCAGAGAAACUGUCUUCAAAGAACGGCGAUGAUGAUGAAGGUGGCAAAGGUACAGGCGUUACAAAGCAGUUCAUCAAAAAAGAAGAAGAAAAGAAGAUAGAUGACAGAGGUGAAGGAAAAAAUGUAACCUCUGUAGACGCUGCAGGUAUAAAACAGGAAGAUAAACUGGUCCAGAGAGAAAUGGGAGAUGAGGAUAAACCUGCAGAUCACUCUCUCUCUAAAGCACCUGACAAAACUGCACUGCAAACAAGGAUGAUGGAGAUGUCCACAGCCUUUCCUUUGAGUCAUGGUCAGAUAAUCAGCAAGGUGCAGCCAGUUAAAACUGAAGAAGAUAACUACAUACCAGUAUCAAAGAAGAGUAAACAGCCCUUUGCAACUGAAAACGUAAACACCGGCGCAAACGUGGCCCCUCAACAGCUACCUAUAAACCAGGACUUACGUGAAACAAGAAGCAUAUCUCCACCUCCGAACUUUGCGUGUGACUGCAAAUUCAAGAGUUGCUCAGAUGCAACCAAGGAUGGUCAUAAAGCAGCGCACCUUCUAAUGACGUCAGAGAAAUGCCAAACCCUCACCGGCUCCUCAAACACGAGGGACACCUUGUUGUCGAGCAGCUCAGCUGACACUAAGGUACAUGCAGUGGACUUAAAACAACUGAAGACCGAAAAAAUAAAACAGCAGUUGAAAGCAUUAAAAGCACAAGAGAUGCAUUACAUCGAGACAACAUACAUGCAGCUAAAGGCGUUGAAGGCACAAGAAGAGUUUUACAGAAGAACAAUGAAAAUGCAACUGAAGGCAAUAAAAGCACAAGAAGAGUAUUACAUUUCGAAACUAAAGGAUUUGGAAGAUCGUCGAUAAAAAUUAAACUGGGAGAGUUGUGACUUUUUUACUGAAACAUGGAGACGGGGGGAGUCUGCUCCGUGUCUACCACACCGAGCCCGUCUCAUCGAGACAGAGGUCUUACCGCAGAGAUUAAACGGGAAAUUUUACGCAAAACUAACUUUUUGCAUCUUUUGUGCUGCCAUGGGGGUCUCUACCACCUCUAAACCAUUCAUCUGUUUUCUGACAGUUUUUGGUUUUAGGAAUUGUGUGCCGAAAACAAGCCGUGAGGUCCCUUAAUGUGACGUCGCAGUAAGGAACUUUAGCAUAGAAUGCCCAGCCCCCUUUCAAUCAGCCAUUCGGUGGGUGUUUGAGCGUGGCCAGCAGCAGCUUGUUUUCCUACAGUGUUGAAACCCUGAAACGACUCUAUCUGGAAGGUACUGAAAGAAGAAUACUGCUGAAAUUCCUGUGAAAGGGAAUAAGUGCAAAAAAAGUACAUCAACAUAUUUUUCAGACCAUAGAGCUAUUAUGAAUUCUUUCACCUUUAUCAAGUCGUGCGCCCCCAAGGCCCUGAACAUCCUGCAGUUCACUUACCAGCCUAGAAUCUGGGUGGAUGAUGCUGUCAUUUACCUGUUGCACCAAUCCCUUUCUCAUCUGGAGCUGGCAGGGAGCACUGUGAGGGUUGUGUUUUUUUACUUCUCCAGUCCUUUCAACACCAUCCAGCCUGCACUACUGAGAGGGAAGCUGGAGGGAGCCGGUGUGGAGUGGGCAAACAGCUGUCUGCCUGGACCAUCAACUACCUGACCAAGAGACCUCAGUAUGUGAGGCUCCAUGACUGGGUGUCUGAGGUAGUUAUCUGCAGCACAGGGGCUCCGCAGGGCACGGUUCUCUCACCCUUCCUGUUUA